GACGAAUCACUCGUCUCGCAACCACAAAAAUGCCCUGCUCGCUGCUCAUUCUGCGAUUCACUGCGUCGACACGCCAUUAACAAGCAUGAACGUCCCCGCUCCAGUGACGACCAAACAAGAAACGACGACGGAGCAGCCUACGACAGCCAACGCGCAGGCGCUCCAGGAGCAAUUCAACUACCACCUGCACGAGCUCCGCAAACUGUCGCGCGAGAUGUCCGAGACGCCCAAAAGCGCUUCGAUCGACGACGUGGCCGCCGCCAUGCAAGCGUAUUUUGAAAUCAAGUACGAAAAGAAGAUGGCCAAGCUCGUCGCGCACAGCCAGCGCGAUGCAGACGGCCCCACGGGCUUUUUCGGGCGGUGGGGCCUUGGCGACAGUCAUGGACAAGACGAAAUCGACAAGACAUUUCGCAAGAUGCACAAGAAGAUGGCGCGCGGCGGCUGGUUGCAUCCUGGCGCCGUACCCAUGGCCACGCCCGCGCCCAUGGCUACGCCUGCACCCAAACCCGCGCCGUUCUAACGGUCCACUGCCCCACCCCUCUUUCAGCAAGCGACCAAGCGUCUCUAAUUCCUACGAGUACUCGGAAAUGAUUUUUUUGCAUUUUCCACUGUAAACUUUUUUAACUUGGA